UUUCUUUCUGAACACCUCAGAUAAAUACAUUUCAAUCAUGUCGAAGCGUGGACGCGGAGGAGCCUCUGGAAACAAAUUCCGUAUGACCCUUGGUCUGCCCGUUGGCGCCGUUAUCAACUGCGCUGACAACUCGGGUGCCAAGAACCUGAACAUCAUCGCUGUUGCUGGCAUUAAGGGUCGCCUUAACCGCCUGCCCGCCGCCGGUGUCGGAGACAUGGUCAUCGCCACUGUCCGCAAGGGUAAGCCCGAUCUCCGCAAGAAGGUCAUGCCCGCUGUCGUCGUCCGCCAGCGCAAGUCGUGGCGCCGCAAGGAUGGUGUCUUCCUGUACUUCGAGGACAACGCCGGUGUCAUCGUCAACCCGAAGGGUGAGAUGAAGGGCUCUGCCAUUACCGGCCCCGUCGGUAAGGAGUGCGCCGAUCUCUGGCCGCGUAUUGCCUCCAACUCGGGUACUGUCGCCUAA